AUGGCGUUCAGUUCUUGGCAAAUUCUGUUGGCCCUGCAGUGGGCCAAGUGGACGUGGUCCAAGGUGUGCGAUUCGGGCGCUGGAGAAGAUGAAGCAGGAGGUUCUGAAGGCGACCCUGAGGAGAAAGAAGACUCUCAAGCUGAGACCAAAUCCCUGCGUUUCGAGUCUGAUUCUGAAGUUAACAAGGUAACGUCGCGUUUAAUAACUCGGUCUCUUAAUUUGGAUGCGUGUUCUCAGGAUGAAAGAGCUGUGAUCUCACAGAUCUCAGACAUUCCUAACCCUGAACACCAAGCAACUGAUGAGGAGAAACUGGUGUCCACAUUAUGUGCUCAGAAGUCAGCAGGGGUUGAGGUCGAAGGCAUAGAAAAGGAGACAUGCCAGAAGAUGGAGAAAGAGGAGCUGGCUGUGCAUGGACAGCUGGAGUCCUCUUCAGUAAAGGCCCCCAUGUCUGUGGCCUGUGGAGAUGAAAGCCCCCUGGAUGAGAUCUGCCUCAGGGAAAUAGACAAAACUGCUGUACUCACAUUGCUCAGAGAAGAGAUAAUCACUAAAGAGAUUGAAGCAAAUGAGUGGAAAAGGAAAUAUGAAGAGACCCGAGAAGAAGUCCUGCAGAUGAGGAAAAUUGUGGCAGAAUAUGAAAAGACUAUUUCCCAGAUGAUUGAGGAACAGCAGAGGACAAGCAUGAGCUCUCAGAAGAGUUUCCAGCAGCUGAAUAUGGAGAAGGAGCAGGCUCUGGCUGACUUAAGCUCAGUGGAGAUGUCCCUUUCUGGUCUCUUCAGGAGAUACGAAAACCUGAAAGGUGUGCUAGAAGGGUUCAAGAAGAACGAAGAAGCCUUGAAAAACUGUGCAAAGAAUUAUUUAUCCAGAAUUAAGCUGGAAGAACAGCGAUACCAGACCCUGAAGGUUUAUGCAGAGGAGAAGCUGGACAGAGCCAACGAGGAAAUUGCUCAGGUUCGCUCCAAGGCACAGGCUGAAAGUGCGGCUCUCCAUGCUGGCCUCCUGAAAGAACAGACAAAGGUGGAGUCCUUGGGGAAGGCCCUUGAGAAUAAGAAUGAAGAGACUGAAGAAUUGAUUAAAAUAUGUGAAGAAUUGAUCGCCAAGCUGGGCAAGACCAACUGA